GUUGCAAGAACUUCAAGAUGCUAUAAACAAACUUCCAUUGAGACAUCCAAUCGACGUCAAAUUGUAUUGGAGAGCAUCAGAGUUAGGUCAGAAGGUUUUAUAUGA